UCCCGCCCCAGACCAUGGCUCGCUCCGUUGGUCCCGAAGACGUGGUGGUUCCCUUCGAUUCGCUCAUGAAGGGGCCACUCACCAUCGACCAGGACGACCCGAGGCUCAUCCAGAGAAUCAAGGCCCAGUACCUGCACCCGCCCUCUGACCUUCCUUACAUGCUCGCCAACAAAGCCAAGGAUGACCCGUCGAUGGGGCAGUCAAAGAAAAUACGCGAGAUCUUGGGAGAGAAGACAGACGGUUUCUUCAUCGAGUGCGGAGCGUUAGACGGCGAAACGCGAUCGAACACCUUGGUCUUCGAGAAGCGCUACGGCUGGAAGGGAGUCCUGAUUGAAGGGGAUCCGAAGAACUUCAAUUUGAUGAAAGAAAAGCAUCGCAAAGCGUGGUCCGUCAACGCCUGUUUGAGCACCCAUCCUUAUCCUAAUACUGUCAUGUUCAAACAAAGCUUCAACAUUGGGAAGAUCAGUUCGUUGGAGACUGGCCACGAGCACAGGGGAUUUGCCGAGGUCCAGUGCCUGCCUUUGUAUUCGAUCCUCCUCGCCCUCAACACCACCAAGGUCGACUAUUUCAGCCUCGACGUCGAAGGAGCUGAACUCGACGUCUUGCGCACCAUUCCGUGGGAUAAAGUCGACAUUACGACGCUCUCGGUAGAAUUCAUCCACGACAAGGAGGGCAAAGACGCCAUCAAGUGGUACAUGGAAGGCAACGGUUACAAGGUGUACUCCGAAGUCACUCAUCCGGGUAGUCUGGCCAACGACUUCAUCUUCGUGAAAAAAGAUUUCCAGGGCAACAAUGUUCAAAGUUAACAAGUGGAACGUUAUUGGUACUUUUUUCAAGGAUUCCCCUUUCGUUUCAUUUUUUUGGUGCGUUGCAUUGUGUAAUGAUUUUGUUGUAUUGUGUGAAGAUUUUUUUUUAAUCUAGAUCGAACGCGUCAACAGCGAUACAUUGGAUUCGUAAACAAGACUUUGAAUAGAAUAUCAAGAUAGUGAACUCGGAAGGAUGUGAACGCUGUUAUGUGGAUAUAUAUGUUUUUUUUGUGUGUUUUUUUGAGUGUUUGUUUUGGAGAGUGUGUGACGGGCAAUUUGCAAAGGGUGUGGACUUAUUAUUAUCUCUCUUCCUUGUUCUCUUCCACAUAUUGGUUGGUAAAUCUACCUGUUAAGUCAGUUGGCUAAUUUGUGUGUUUAUGUUAUUCAAAGAAACAGAAGAACCAUGUGAGUUAAGUCGAUGUUAUAGCAGUAUUAGUGAAUGUAAAAAUGAAAUGACUUUUAUUAUAUGUGUAUAUAUACAUACAUAUGUAUAUA